AGAGGACAUUUAGAUGUGGGACGCAGCGUGUUUUUCACCUUGCUGCUCACUCAUCUGGACGGCUUUCGGGAAGGGGUCCUGUUCAGACUUUCAGGAAUACAGCGAUCAUCCGGUUUGCUGCCCGCCGCGUGUUUUCCCAUGAGUCCCGGAGUCUGUUGCAUAGCUGUGCAUCUCCUGCGGUGCACUCGGACUGCUCUUAUAGUCUCAGUGAAGAGCGUGGGCUGAAGAAAACCCCCCUCUGCCCGUCAUCAGCCUGAGGAGAAACACCGCUGAGGGUCAGCUAAGAACAGUGGAGAGGAAAGAGGCAAAACGAGAGAAGAGUGAAGGGCAAAGCAGCACCGCACAGGUUAAGAAGAGCAUCAAGCGCCGGCACAGACGGGAUCAGCUGCUGUUGGGAAAGAGAGCGAGAGUUUAAGAAAGAGAGAGGCAGGAGCACUUUGAAUUUCUGAACUCUGAAAUAGGGACUCUUCUGCUUUUGAGAUCCAACUCAGAACUGCAUUCUGAUUCUCUUGGACUUCCAGGACAAGCUGUGUCAGUUUCCCCUGCUCAAGAUCCUUUGCAGCUAACAGUCAUGCAGGUGUCCUUCGCGUGUACGGAUCACGGGUUGAAGGCCCCGCGCACCAGCGAGCCGAACAAGCAGAACACGUCGAGUCCGAACACGGCCAGCGCGGCACGGGCACGGUUCCGAACGGUGGCUCUGAUUGCUCGUAGCCUGGGCUCCUUCACGCACAGGCACCACAUUUCCCUGAAGGAGUCCACUGGAAAACUCACCGGCAUGAAGUACAGGAAUCUUGGGAAGUCAGGACUGCGAGUGUCAUGCCUUGGACUUGGCACAUGGGUGACAUUCGGGGGGCAGAUUUCAGAUGAGGUGGCAGAGCAGCUGAUGACUAUAGCCUAUGAAAACGGGGUCAACCUCUUUGACACUGCAGAGGUCUACUCAGCUGGGAAGGCUGAAAUAAUCCUAGGAAACAUUAUCAAGAAGAAGUGUUGGAGGAGAUCCAGUCUGGUCAUCACUACUAAACUGUACUGGGGAGGAAAGGCAGAGACAGAGCGUGGGCUCUCGAGGAAGCACAUUAUUGAAGGUCUGAGGGGUUCUUUGCAGAGGUUACAGCUGGAAUAUGUGGAUGUGGUUUUCGCCAAUCGCCCUGACAGCAACACACCUAUGGAGGAGAUAGUGAGAGCCAUGACGCAUGUCAUUAACCACGGUAUGUCCAUGUACUGGGGCACAUCACGCUGGUCAGCUAUGGAGAUCAUGGAGGCGUAUUCUGUAGCGAGGCAGUUUAAUCUGAUUCCACCUGUGUGUGAACAGGCCGAGUAUCAUUUAUUUCAGAGGGAUAAAGUGGAGAUGCAACUGCCAGAGCUUUACCAUAAGAUUGGUGUUGGAGUAGUGUCCUGGUCUCCCCUGGCCUGUGGCAUCAUCACAGGAAAAUAUGAAAAUGGCAUCCCAGAAUCUUCCAGAGCCUCUUUGAAGCCGUAUCAGUGGCUGAAGGAGAAGAUUCUGAGUGAGGAUGGCAGAAAGCAGCAGGCGAAGCUUAAGGAAUUGACCCACAUUGCUGAGAGGCUCAGCUGUACCCUGACACAACUUGCCAUCGCCUGGUGCCUCCGUAAUGAAGGAGUGAGUUCGGUUCUCCUGGGGACCUCCAACCCUGCACAGCUCACUGAAAACCUGGGGGCGAUACAGGUUCUUCCAAAGAUCACCACUCAAGUGGCCUCGGACAUCGACAAAGUCCUGGGUAACCGUCCCCACAGUAAGAAGGACUACCAUCACUAGGCCUUUCUGUGAACCUGUAAGCCUUGAGACUCAGGAUCCCGUGCCAGCCCUAUUGUGUCGGCGGGUGUCCACAGUGUGUGAUUCUUCCCACCAUUGUGUGUCUAUGUCAACUUCUUCUGCAGAGAGCCAUUGUUACCAUUACAGUAGAAAUGCUAAAGUGUUAUGCAUGCUUCUGUUCGACCUAAACCUGAGCUCAACCUUGCAUUAAAAUCUCUGUGGAGAGACACCUGCCUGUGAAGCACAGAAGCUCCUGGACUCCCUCAUCCAUGGGGUUUUGCAUACAGCUGUCCAUCACCCAUAUGUGCCAAAGUGAACCUGGUCUUGACCCUUGACCUCUGGAUAUUCAUUCUGAAAAGGGGCGAAUGACAGGCCCUGCUUACUGUCUAUUAAAAAAAAAGUAAGGAAAACACACUGCAUAUCGCACUGAGAAUGUAAUGGCAAAGAACUGUGAUGUAUGGCAGAGCAUGUGGAGUUGAACUGUGUAAGAUGUGUGCAUUAGUAAAAAUGUGUUGGAUUAAAAAGCCAUCAACAGCAAAGUGGGCUGUUAUGAUGUUUAAAUGUUCUCCAAAAAGUUGCUCCAUCCAUCGUUGUUAGACUGUUUGUGUAUGUUCCCUCUGUAAUCCCUACAAUUCGUGUCAUGUCUAAUCUGUUCAAUAAUUUCUUAUUUCUCCAUUUUAAAUGAACAUUAUAUAAGAAACUUAGUUUGUUUAAAUGCUUUUCCAGUGAUAAAGUUGAUAAACACUGGUUAAAGACUUAAAUGCUUGCUGCUGUUUUUGGUAAGUUUUGAACUGCUAAGCAGUACAUACUUGAAGCCGGAGAGAGAUAAACUGCACAACUACUGUAAGCAACUAGAAUGUCCAAGGAGUGACAAAAUGAGUCGAAAUGUUUACAAACAUGAAAAUGAGGAAGCUGUUAAUGAAUGAGUUGUGCAGAGUGCUUUUAACAUCAAAAUAAAAAUGUGCAUC